AUGAGAUUUGAGAUGUUGUUCUUGCUGUUGCUACCACAUACGGCUUGCAAAGUAGAAAAUUUCAACUGCACUGGGAAUGAUCCAGUACAUAUUCCGCAUGAAUGGUACCAGUCAAGUGAAAUCCACAUUGGAGGAAUAAUGUCUCAUAUCUACUUCCUUUUAACUGAUGUCGAUUUCCUGAAACACCCUUUGGAGGAGGAGAUUGGUGUCCAACUGAUGGUGCCAAAAUUCUACCAGCACAUCCUGGCCUUGGCAUUUGCUGUACAUGAGAUCAACGAGAAUUCCAACAUCUUGCCCAAUGUCACUCUUGGGUUCCACAUCUAUGAUAGCUACUAUGAUGCAAGGAUGACCUACCGCACCACACUGGAUCUUAUUUUCAAAUUCCAUCAGUUUUCCCCCAACUACAAAUGUGACACCCAGGCACAUCUAAUGAGCAUCAUUGGUGGACUUAGAUCUGAUACAUCCUCACAGAUGGCAGAUAUUUUAGGACUUUACAAGAUUCCACAGUUUUCAUAUGGCUCAUUUCAACCAGCAAUGAAUGAUCAAGUAGCUUUCCCUUCCUUUUACCGCAUGGUCCCCAAUGAAGCCCUCCAGUACCAAGGAAUUGUUGAGCUACUAGUGCAUUUUAGAUGGAAAUGGGUUGGGCUGAUGACUUUUGAUGAUGCUGGUGGAGAACAUUUCUUGCAGGUCAUGGAAGCAAUCCUUUCCAAGAAUGGAAUCUGUUCAGCCUUCACAAAUAAAGUUCCAAUUUAUAUGAGAAUAUUGGAAAUGGGUGAAAUGAACAAAUACAUUAUGAAGAGCGUGCCAGUUUUCAAGAACAGCAAAGCCAAUGUGAUUGUUCUAUAUGGAGAAACUGCAAAUAUUAGAUGGUUGGCAGCCAUUAUCUUGGGGGUAAAGAAGUCUCUAGCAGCUGAGUCUCAGUACAAUGAGACUGCAUCUUUUGGGAAAGUAUGGAUCACAACAGCCCAGAUUGAUUUUGCACUCUUUAUAUUACAAAAAACCUGGGAUAUCCAAAUGUUCCAUGGUGCUAUUUCUUUCACAAUUCCUUCAAAUGAGGUUCAAGGAUUCCGAAAAUAUAUUCAAACUUUAAAACCUACUCAAGCCAAAGGAGAUGGUUUUGUCAAAGAUUUCUGGGAACAAGCAUUUGACUGCUUUGUUCCAAGUUCUGACGGCUUCACAGAUAUUGAUGGAGCAUGUAGUGAUCAUGCGUUCAUACAGAUUAAAUUACAGACAAAUGGAAAAUGGAGGCAAGCUGCAUCCUUGGAAAGUGGAACCCUGGAAGACAUUCUAUUCAACAACACUGCUGGUGAUGAAAUUAUGUUUAAUGAACACAGAGAAAUAGUAGCUGGAUUUGACAUUACCAGCUUGGUCACCUUCCCAAAUAACUCUUAUGUCAAAGUCAAAGUGGGAAGGCUGGACCCUCAGGCUCCCCCUGGUGAAGUGCUCACUAUUAAUGAAGAGAGACUUGAAUGGCACAGAGAAUUGUCUCAGGUACCUCCAUUCUCUUUAUGUAAUGAUCAGUGCUAUCCUGGGUUCAGCAGGAAAAAAAAGGAGGGAAAGAAAUUUUGUUGCUAUGACUGUUCUCCAUGUCCAGAAGAUAUGAUUUCGAACCAGGAGGACAUGGAUUACUGUACCAGAUGCCCCGAAGAUCACUUCCCUAAUAAUCGUAGAGAUCACUGCAUCGCCAAGAUUCAAAGUUUUCUUUCUUUUGAAGAUACUUUGGGCAUUGCUUUGACUUCCCUGGCUCUUCUCUUUGCCCUGAUCACAGCUCUGGUGCUGGCAGUCUUCAUCAAGCAGCGGGACACUCCCAUCGUCAAAGCCAACAAUCAGAGCCUCACCUACCUUCUCCUUGCCUCUCUCCUCCUCUGCUUCCUCUGCGCUUUGCUAUUCAUCGGACAACCCAAGAAAAUCACCUGCCUCCUCAGACAAACAGCUUUUGGCAUCAUCUUUUCGAUUGCUGUCUCUUCCGUUUUGGCUAAGACAAUUACAGUGGUUGUGGCUUUCAUGGCCUCCAAGCCAGGAAACAUUUUCCGGAAAUGGGUGGGGAAAAGAUUGGCACAUUCUGUCGUAUUGUGUUGCUCCCUCGUUCAAGUCGCCGUUUGUGCUCUUUGGCUGGGUUUUUCUCCCCCAUUCCCAGAUUUGGACAGUCACUCAGUGUAUGGAGAAAUCAUAAUUGAAUGUAAUGAAGGGUCAGUCACCAUGUUCUACUGUGUCCUGGGUUAUAUGGGCUUUCUAGCCACUGUCAGCUUCACGGUGGCUUUCCUUGCUAGGAAGCUGCCAGACAGUUUCAAUGAAGCCAAGUUCAUCACUUUCAGCAUGUUGGUCUUCUGCAGUGUGUGGCUCUCCUUUGUUCCAACUUACCUGAGCACCAAGGGGAAAUACAUGGUGGCCGUGGAGGUCUUCUCCAUCCUGUCAUCUGGCUCAGGUUUACUGAGCUGUAUCUUUGCUCCUAAAUGCUACAUUAUUGUUUUUAGGCCUGAUCUGAACAAAAAGGAGCAGUUAAUACGGAGAAAACAUUAA